AUCCGCAAUUUAACUUUUUUGUCUGCGCAUGCCCCUACGCUACCUCGUUCGCAUGCCGUACCGAAACCGCCGAAACGCGCUCCUUGCAGGUGGUGUUGUCCUUGCGCGCUCUUCCACUGUGUUCUAUGGUCGUGCCGGUUACCGACCGCUCUCUUGGACGCCCUGCUUAGCCCGAACUUCUGCUGUUUUAUCCGUAUUGUUGUUUUAAUUUUAACAUAUUUCCACGCACAGUACGAAGUGCAACACCCCAAGUAGUUAUUGCUGUAAUUGGACGGCGCCAAGAUGGACACUAACAAGGGAGCGGGUGAGAGUACGGUCGGAAAUGGAGACACGACCAGGGAAACGCUGGUGGAAAAUGGCAAGAACAAAGUGCACAUCGAGUGCAAGUACUGCUCGUCAAGGAUCCUCAACGCAGGGAUGUGUCAAUUUGUCCAAACCGAGUAUACUCUUCCGGCACUUGAAAGAGAUGACUCUGCACAGGACCCCAAGGACAAUGUGGAAAAUGUGACUGACUUUUGGUGUGUCGAGGACAUUUACACGUUCGAGAACAUUGGAUUCAGCAACACCGUUGGCAAGGCCAAGUACCUGGCAUGUGCCGACUGUGACCGAGGUCCAGUGGGCUGGCACAGCCUCGAGACAAAAAAAUCCUUUGUGGCACUUUCCAGAGUCCGCCACCUGUGAUUGUUGCGUCUGUGGGUCUUUGACAGUGGCUGUCUGGGCUUGUAAGGAAGGGUUCAGUUUCAAACUGUGUCAAUAACUUGAAAGUUGUGCAGAAGCUUGAGGGUUUACUAAUUAGAAUUAACUUCCCAGCCUUCAUAUUUACUUCAUUUCUAAAAUUUUGCACUACUCCACGACGCACAUUUUUUUUUUUUUUUUUUUUACUUUGUACACUUUUGUCAUGAAUAAAGUUGAUUCAACGGCAAUAUAUGAGCAGCUGUUGUCUGCUUGCUCAUUU